AUGGAAGUGGGAGCCGGGCUGAUAUGGACUCCUCUCUGGGCUCUAUGUUACGGACUCGGCGUGCUCCUCUUGAGCAUCACAACCAUUGUCCUAUAUAGACUGCUUCUUCACCCGCUGGCACGAAUCCCAGGCCCCAGACUCGCCGCUGUCUCAAACAUCUGGCACGCGUAUCACGCCCGCAAUGGACACAUGUUCGACCUGGGACGGAGGCUGCAUCGGGAGUAUGGCGACAAAAAAAAAGGUAGCACAAAGGGCUUUGAGAAGACUGAUUUCUACUUGGCAACCAGCCUCAACUGGCCAAAGAUAGAUGCCUUCUUGCGGCCUCAUUUCGCCGACGGCCUGGAUCUCCUCUCUGAGCGAGACAUGAAGCGUUACCGUCUCCAGAGGCGACUCAUUGGACGAGUCUACCAGACGGCCAACGUGGUCAAGUUCGAGGCUGCAGUCGACGAUGUUAUCAAGCAGGUCAUUGCACGACUGGAGGCCCUGAAUGGUGCAGAAAUCGACCUCAAAGAAUGGAUGCACAUCAUCGCCGUCGAGUGCCUGGGAGCGUCCGUCCUCUCAUGGUCUCCGGGAUUGCUCAAGGCGGGAACAGACUGGGGCUCCAGCGCGCAUAGCUACCUUGGCUGGAGAAGGAAGAGCGUCAUGGGACUCUUCCCGACCUUGACCAAGUUGACGCUGCGAUCGAAUUUAUUUGAGUGGAUCUUCAGGGACCUCUGGAACCUAAAGUAUGUUGCUCCGCCUGGAUUUCGAACAUUCUUUCCGGACGUUGCGAAGCGCAUCUCUCGAAGGAUCAAGUCUGCCCUGAAGCCAAACGCCCCCAAAGACAGUCGGGCAGAUCUACUGGCGGACCUGAUCCAGCUUCACAAGGACAAGCCUGACUUCACAGAGAACUAUCUCAGGAAAAUGGCCAUGACCAACUUUGGCGCAGGGCAUGAGACCAUGGCAUCAACUCUGACAUCCAUCUUCACCAUGGUCGGCACCCACGACGAGGUGCAGAGGAGAGUGAGACGAGAGAUUCGGAGCGCCACAGAUGCCUCCUCAUAUGCAGGUACACUUCAACUGCAAUAUAUGCGUGCGGCGGCAAGAGAAGCGAUGCGCCUCCAUCCGGUCCUCAGCAUGUCGCUUCCUCGUCGGGUCCCUGACGCGGGCGCACAAAUUCACGGCCACUUCAUCCCGGGAGGCACGACAGUUGGGUGCAACCCCGUGGCGUUGCAUCGAAACGCAGACAUCGUGACGGGACCCGAUCCAGACGCCUACGACCCGGAUCGCUGGCUCGGUGGCGAGUCUUCGGAUACGCGCCUCAUGGAGCGAUACAGCCUCAACUGGGGCGGCGGACCAAGGACUUGUCCGGGGAAGAACUUGGCCGAGAUGGUCGUUUACAAAGUCGUAUCAGCCCUAUUCGAGCGGUUCGAUGUGGAGGUGACUGUACCGCAGAAAGUUGGGCAACCGUCCUAUUUCCUGUCAAUGAUCACGGGGGUCAAGGCCCGGUUCUUGUCUGUCGAUCCACAGGCGGCGGGGAAAGGCGGCAUCUAG